GGCCUCUGUCCCAUCGAGGAGCCAGAGCUGAGGCCGCAGGCUUCGGGGCCAGGAGCUGGCGGUGAACCCGGAGUUCCCCAGCACACGCAAGGAAGGUCAAGGCCAAGACCCCAGAGGAGAUGGACCGUGUGACCAGAUACCCCAUCCUGGGCAUCCCGCAGGCAAACCGCGCCACUGGCCUGGUGCUGGAUGGAGACACCAGCUACAACCACCUGGUAUGCUCCGGCCCCGAGGCCAGCGGCUGGGGCCAGGACGAGCCGCAGGCCUGGCCUACCCACCACAAGGCCCAGCCGGGCGUGGCGAGGCAGGUGCUCUACAGCACGCAUGCCCACCCUGGCUGGCCGUCCCCACGGGGGCUCCACCCGGAGAACGGGGAGGAUGAGGAUGCGAAGGUUUACCGCCUGGGCACCAGGGAGGCCCACCAGGGACGCCACCUGGAGGACAGGGAGGACGAGGAGAUGAAGGCUUUCCACCCGGUCGCCAGGGGUGCCAUCCCCAGGAGGCCAUGGGACCUGGAGCAGGAGCGCCGGGCUGUCAUCCAGGGCCAGGCAGUCAGGAAGAGCGGCACCGUGGCCACGCUCCGGGGCACCCCUGACCACGGAGACCCCAGGAUCCCCGGCUCACCUCGGUCCACGCCCUUGGAGGACAACGUGGUGGACACAGAGCAGAUUGACUUCCUGGCAGCAAGACAGCAGUUCCUGAGUCUAGAGCAGGCGAACAAGGAGGUCCCUCAUAGCUCCCCAGCCAGGGGGGCCCCCGCAGGUACAGCCCCAGGGGUCAACCAGCCCCACCUGGCCAACGGGCAUGUAGUCCCCAUCAAGCCCCAGGUGAAGGGGGUGGUCUGGGAACAGAAGAGGGUGCAAGCUGUGCCCACCUGGGCCAGCGUCACCAUUGUGAAUGACCCUGACUCCCCGGCCCCGGCGGAGUCCCCGGAGACCCCCAGGGAGACACCCAUCGAGAGGGAGAUCCGACUGGCUCAGGAGCGUGAGGCGGACCUGAGAAAGCAGAGGGGCCUCCGGCGGGCGGCCGACCACCAGGAACUGGUGGAAAUCCCCACCCGGCCGCUGCUGACCAAGGCCAGCCUGACCACAGCCCCGCGGCGGGACAGAGGCCAGCCGUCCCUGUACGUGCAGUGGGACAUGGUUCAGGAGACCCAGCGCCAGGAAGACCACCGGCGGGAGGGCCUGCAGCUGGGCCGGGCGUCCACGCCCGACUGGGACUCAGAGGAUGCCCAGCCUGGCCUCCGGAGAGCGCUCAGCUCGGACUCCGUCCUCGGCCCGGCCCCAGACGCCCGCGCGGCUGACCCAGCUCCAGAAGUGAGGAGGGUGAACCGCAUCCUGCCCGAUGCCUACCAGCCGUACCUGAGCCCUGGGACCCCCGGGUUAGAAUUCUCAGCCUCUGGUGCAUCCGGCAAGCCCGGCGGUCUCUCCACCGUUGAGGCCAAGGCGACGAUGACACCAAAGGUCACGAUGUCCCCGAGGCACCUCUCAGAAUCCUCUGGAAGACCCCUGAGCACAAAGCAAGAGCACCUGAAGUCCCCUCGGGGACCUCUGCGAGCAGCCGGGGGUGUCGUGAAGUGGGAGUACUUCCGUCUGCGUCCUCUGAGGUUCAGGGCCCCAGACAUGCCCCAGCAGGCCCAAGUGCCCCCUGUCCGGGGCUGGGAGGUGGCCGGGGCCCCGGCGCUGAGGCUUCAGAGGUCCCAGUCGUCCGAUCUGCUGGAGAGGGAGGUGGAGAGCGUCCUGCGCCGGGAGCGAGAGGUGGCAGAGGAGCGGAGGAAUGCCCUCUUCCCAGAUGAGAGCUGUGACCAGGACUCCAGGAGUUCCUCCCAGGCAUCCGGCAUCACGGGCAGUUACUCAGUGUCUGAGUCUCCGCUGUUCACUCCCAUCCACCUGCACUCCACUCUGGCGUGGACGGCAGAAGAUGCAGGGGACAGCGCUCCUCCCGGGCAGAGAAGGAAGGAGCAGUGGUAUGGUGGCAUCAACCCCUCGGACCGUGUCAACUCAGAGGUCCUGGAAGCCAUACGGGUGACCCGUCACAAGAACGCCAUGGCAGAGCGCUGGGAAUCCGGCAUCUACGCCAGUGAGGAUGACGACUAAGCCUCGGGAUGGGGCGCCCACCCUCUGCCCAGCCCUGACCCUCAUGAGACCUGCCAAGACCGUAGCCAAACCCCACCCUAGGAAAUGGGUCCGAGAUCCAGGAUCUGCCAAUGCUCCCACCACGAACGCAUCUGGGACCGGAGGGUUUUCCUUUUCCAUUUUUAUCUUCCUUUAGAA